AUGGCAGAUAGAGUCAAGUAUCUCCUACAGAAAAGAACCUCUUUGAAAUCCCAAAUAACCACUUUAUCCAAUCUCAUAGACAAGGGCAGCAUAAACAACGCCACAUUAAAAUUAAGAAUCGCGCGCUUAACCGAGUUAUACCAUGCUUUCGAAGAGCACAACGACGAGCUCGCUAUGGCGGAUCCGAACGACGCUCAUCAUGACGAAUUCGUUGCCAUUCAAGAGCGGUUUUAUGCUAUCGCGGGAAAAAUCGAAGACAUUUUGUUAGAUACACCAAAUACUUCAAAUUCCGGCAAUUCGAGCAUCGAAACGCGAACCGAUAACUCUGAGAACGCGUCGGUCGUGAAAACGCGGCGAAUUAAAUUACCCGAAGCGCCUUUACCAACGUUUGACGGUAAAUACGAAUUGUGGAUGUCAUUUAAAAAUGCGUUUCAGAAUAUGAUCGGGUCGCGCACCGAUUUGUCCGAUAUAGACAAACUACAUUAUUUGAAAUCGGCUUUAUCUGGUGAAGCGGCCAAUAAGACGAGAAUAUUAGAGAUUGACGGAAUACAUUACACCAAGGCCUAG